CGGUGUGCUUACACAAUGACAGUUUCCGUCAGUUUGACUUGCAAAUCGUAGUCGUGUUUGAACAGCCUUUUUUUUUCGUUUCAUGUUUCCGUUGAAACGUCUAUUUCAUAAAUUACAAUUAACGAUCGACAUCUUUUACAAUAUAUGGUCCAGAGAGAGACAUUUCCUGGGUUUAAUACGAGUCGUACUUGCUGUACUUUAACUCUGAACUUCCAGCUCGAGGCCCAGCAGAGAGCUCGAGCGGCAGCUCUGAAAAGUUUGUUGUUGUCACGUGACGUGAGACGAAUGUGGCGAUAAAAGUUUGUUUCGGUAGUAAAACUAGGUGGCGGUCUACUUUACCAUAGCCAAUUGAACACCGUUUUCCUCACAAUGCCUCAACCAAAACAUCGAAAGAUUGCAGUUAUGGGUUACAGGUCUGUAGGAAAGUCAUCCCUCACGAUACAGUUUGUGGAAGGACAGUUUGUUGACUCCUAUGAUCCCACCAUCGAAAACACCUUUAACAAACUGGUCAAUGUGAAUGGUCAGGACUUUAAUCUUCAGCUGGUUGAUACAGCUGGACAAGAUGAGUACUCUAUUUUUCCACAAUCCCACACAAUGGAUAUCCAUGGUUACGUCCUUGUUUACUCAGUGACUUCUGCGAAAAGUUUUGAAGUUGUGAAGGCUCUACAUGACAAGAUGCUGGACAUGGUUGGGAAGAUUCAAGUCCCAACUGUUCUUGUAGGGAACAAAAAAGACCUCCACAUGGAAAGAGUUAUUAAGCCAGAGGAGGGAAAGAAACUUGCUGAUACCAUGGGUGCUGCGUUCAUGGAGUCCUCAGCCAAGGAGAAUGAGACUGCAGUGGAGGUUUUCAAGCGGAUCAUUUUGGAGAUGGAGAAAGCUGAUGGAAAUGCCCCCCAAGAGGAGAAGAAGUGUGCUGUGAUGUAAGAGUGUAUCCAGGACAUCAGUAAACUCAGUUGCUGAAGACAGGAGGCACAUCUUCACCGGCCAACAAAACGCAACCUCACAAAUACCAAGACAUGGCAGUAGAUUGAUUUCUGCUCCACCAUGAUACCAUCUUGAUUUCCAUAGCAAGACAACUGCCAAGACAGUCUGCAAACUAUCCCGGUGAAUGUAAAGGUAGAAGUUUCCAAGAGCAAGAUUAAUCUCUGUUUAAGGCAAAGAAGCAAAGUCAACCAAUACUUUCUUUAGUACAGGAAUGCUAUCUAUGACUUCUGAAAAUCUUGACCUUGACUUAAGCCAGAAAACAUUAAAAAAAAAGAAAAAAGAAUAGAAUUGAAAAGUAUUUGAUUCUUUUGAAUUGCAUCACACUUUUUCCAAGAACUUAAAAAUGGGUUCUGACGUCUGAGACAUCAUUGGCUUAUGUCUCAUAACUGACUAGUUUAGCUAAUCUCAAGUGAGGACUUGUAACCGUCUAAGGAUUGGUAUUAUCUAGCAGGUCUUUUUUGACAGUGACAGUCACAGUACACAUUGCUUUAAAUGUGGUGCGAAAAUGUCAGUAUUUCUCACAAAUAGUGGAUUUCCUUAAACACCCAGGAAUGAGGUUUCACACAUGAAAUCUCACUGUUUGUGUCACUGUUAUAUUUAUCAACUCAUCUUCAGGUACCUUUCACCAAUGAACUCUGGAACUCUUGUGUCUUCACAAUGGAGGGAUCUGUUUAUCUUAACUCACAUUUAAAGCUCUUCUGUGAAGUGGAUUAGAUCUUUGUAUCAACAGUUUAAUUCUUCUAAUUUCCUGUAAUGGAGAUGUUAUGUUAUUGACAUCCCUCAGAAAUUUAUUAUAGCUAUAAAUAGAUCUUUGGUAUUAACCAGCCAUGGCCUUUUUAUACAAUAUACAUAGAAUCAAAGAUAGUUUAUUAUUGGUUAUAUGCCGAGUGGUGCAGGUGUGCUAUCCCUUCAAUAUCCUUUAGUAGAAUAUAUGGUUUGAAAUGCAAUAUAAUUAUGAACAUUGUUGAUUGGCUAUUUUUUCAAAUAGAAUUGAACACUGCACAGGACUUUAAGUGGCUGAAGGCCACAAAGUUAGCUCAUGGUUUGGAUUCUAUGGAUCAUGCCAGCCAAAUAAAACUAAGCCAAGUUGGCAUGUUGUCCUUUUAUUGGAUAUUGGGACUUGCAUGGUCACUGUCAGAUACUUAAGAUCCUAAAUGACUUCUCCUCUUAGCUCUUGUAGCCUUACAAAGACAUGGCACAAUGUGCAUUUGUCUUCAUAAUCCUGAUGUUGUACCUGUAGUGGGUAAUUCUAAGUUUUUUUUUUUUUUUUUAUCAAGUGCUUUGCUGAAUAGAUAGUUUUUCGGGUGGUUGCUGAUGGUUAAAGAGAAGCUGGUGAUGCUGUGUCUUGUGCCUUACAGUUCUUCGAACACCCCCAUCUUCUUCCCGUCAUGACUUAAGGUGCUCUUCAAGGUCCCCCACCACCCCUACCCUCUUCUGUUCACUUGAUACUUUGGUGCAGGUGGUGUUGUACACCUGAACAUUAUUACACCCUUGGGGGUUAAUGUUAAUUCAGAAAUCUUGCUGUAAACAGUUUUGUAUAUAAAUAAAUCUGUUACUCAUUUGA